AUGGGUGUGUGCCAGUCAAAUCUUAUUACAUCGGAAGCCGUAAAAGAUGGGGGAAGGGAAAACUGCAAAUGCCGCUGGUUACAACUGGACUCGAACAAGUUAAACAUGGAGGGUAAAACCAGCUGUCCCGAAGCGGCAAAUGAAUUCACCGCCCGACUUGCCGAAAAGUCUGCACGACGGUUCCCGUCAAGUGGUUCGGCUGGGACCCAGACAUGCAGCAUCAGAACGUGUCCUACUCUACUGAAUGCAGAUUUUGAUGUUUCUCACCAGUCGCUGCUUGGUCGUUGGUGGAACCUUCCUGUUGUAUCAUCGGGAGAUAAAUUUUCAUUUGGCACCACUCUGUCAAUUCCGAGUGAGUCGUCAACUCCCUACACUGCGCUGUCGGUGCCUACCACCGAAGAGGCCGUUAAGAGCGGUUUGUCUCAAGAAAGUGGGCGUUUCCGUCCCUCGCGUUGGAUAUCGCUCGUUUGCCCCAUACCGGCAUCGAGUUCGCUCUCAGGCUCUGGUACGGGAUUACACGAGGGUUGUUGUCGUGGAGGAGGAUGUUAUGGUGAAUGCAACCGAUAUCUGUCGGCCAGAAGUAACUGUUCAGGUAUUUCAUCAGAGAAUUCUACCCUCUUAGCCUGCUUCUUCGAAGCAAAAGGUGUCUUUGCAUUUCGUAUAUCCAGUGAAGAGUCCACCGCAAAGGAUGCAGCGUUCCUACGUAAACGCGGGUUGCACGCUUGUCGUGGCACCUACGUGCGACGCUGGGAUCGAGUGGAGUGCUUUUCAGCGAGCAAUCAGUCAAACGCGCUCACCAUAUUUCCCAUGAAGCCAUCUUCGUGUCCCUCCUCCCUCAGGGAGGGCAGUCCGGUGACUCCGUUCGGUCAGUUAAGCACAGAUGACGCAAGAGCCCCGUCCACUGCCGAUAGUGGACAAGAAUCAAGCCGUUCCUCAGCUGACCGUAAUUCCGUACACUCGUCGAGCGCGCAUCCUUCGAGUCUAUUGCCAUCGUCAGAAACCUCAAAUGGAUCGGGUACGCCUAUGUUUCCGAAGGAAUGUCUUCACUGCCACCACUUUGCAACCGUUAAUGAUCUCACCGAGUCUGUUUCAUGCAACUGCAUGAAGUCUCAAACACCGCUAGUUGACCAGGGCAGUUGGGCCCCAAAUUUGGAAAUGGCGUCGUAUGACACCUGUGAUUCCCCGUAUGACCCUCUCGCCUCUUCACUGUUACCGAAACGAAGGGGAACUUGUGCUAUGAUAGAGGAACCUUUAAAUCCGAAGCCAAACAAUGUGCACGAGCCAAAAUCGCGUGGAUCAGCAGUGCAGCCGGUACCUGCUGGCAUCAUCGUCAGCUGCUUUGACGUUUCGAUUGACCCUUCAAAGUGGAAAGAGUGUGGAUAUCGACGCACAGCCCUUGAUUGCCUUAAUGAAGCCAUAUUGUCAUCCGGUUGUAACUUUGGCGAGGGCGUCGUGACGAGCGUUAUGUACGGUGGAAUGUGUGUUGUGGAGUGCCCAUCUGAGGCGGCCGUUGCUCGAUUACAAGAUUCCAUGAGAGUAAACAAGUGGGAUACCUCGGUGUCGAGCAAGUCACUUAAAGCAGCAGCCAAAAGAGCGGCGCGUAAAGGGCACAGCGGCAGUGCGGCGUCGGGUUCCGACUCUUUGCCACAUGAUUCGUAUCGUGUUGUAAUGUGUGUAGGUGGAAAAUGGCCCUUUGAUGAGUUGGACACCAGCAAGUGGAGAAAAGGCGACGUUAACAGUAUUUCAGCAGACUGCCCCCAUGCUGCUGCAUCAAUUACGCCGUGGAUCGAUGUUGACGCAGUGGCGCUGAUUGUGCGUAACUGGGCUGUGCAUCUACUUUCUCACAUGGAGUAUGCCAAGCCCCUUGCGGCUUACGUGCAGCGGUUUCGGGGCCUAUUGCCGUUCCUGCGCCUCGCACCUGCAGAGGAUAUCCUUCAUGAUUACGUGCAUGUCAGCAGUGGCAGCAAAUUCACUGAAAACGUGAAGGAAAACGAGGCCAUUGCUUCAUCUUGGGUGAACCACAGCUACCUUAGUACCGAAGGAGUGUGCGAUACUACCGCUUGCUCCUCCGUUGAUGGGGAGGGGCCCCCGACACGUGGAGAAAACGCUCCGGCACAACACGUGGAUGCUGAGAUUCCUCCCUUGGAUCUGCGCUCGGUGAAGCGUCAAGGUGGGAGUAGAGGAUUAAGAUUCAGAUCGAAAACGCUGUUUUGUAGUAUGGUUCGUGGGAAGGAAGCUCUCAGCAGGGAGGAGGGUGGCAAGUCAUGCACGACUGCAUCACAUACCAAUUAUGACCCUUUAUCCGGCGGGGGCGGUUCAUGUGUGGAGGGCAGGUCGGCUAAAAGCCCCUCCUCUUGGCCUUCAGUACUUCAGCCUCUUCCUUAUGAUGAGGAGCAGGUAUUAUGGGAGCGCGCCAUGCUUGAGGUAAAGGCUGUGAACACCGAACUGAGGGAAUUAAUAGACGCCCGACAUGCUACAGAGAAGGAGCUUGCGCAACUGAACUCCACCUUACAAAUCAUGAAGCGCUUGUUCUUACCUCAUUCGAGUAUGGGCGAGGUGAAUCCGCUGUGCAUGUACCUCACUACAGCUCUGGAGGAGCCGACAGAACUUCCGGGGCGGCGUGCCUUCGUGGGUGGUCGUGACUGGUUUCCGUGUCUCGCCGCAUUGUUGUCAAGCCCGAAAAACGCGCUCUGCAGUAUUGAGAUCGUUCAGCCCAUGAUCAUAUCAUCUCUUCCCCAACUUGGAAUGGUUACUGGUUUACUUUAUCAUGAUAGCGCCAUGAAGAAGUUGCAGAGCCUUGUCAUCCCAUGCGAUCAACUCUGUGGCUUCUCGACCCGUGCGAAUGCACCCGCAUCUGGAAGGAAAGGACACGGAUUUCGAACGAAAACUACACUGCGAGGGGAAAGUAGUGGAAAAGCCAAUUGCGGUCCGAGCGCGCAGCGCUUCCGCCGACUGAGAAAUGGUGUUAGAAAUUGCAAGUUCUUUCUGACACCUAAGCAGGUCAAGGAUGUGUUUCUCGCCCUCACGACGUCAGUGUCAAACAACACUCGACAUCCAAAUUUCGUACUGUCGCUGAAGGGAUUCCCUGUGGGUGGCACGAAGUCGGGCCAGUCGAAGAUACGUCGAUUCAUUCACAGAUUUUUUCACGUGAAAAGUGGUUGGGAGAGCGCGACAACGCAGAAACCUCCUCGGGCUUCUAGUUUGUCGCCCGCGUUUGAGGAAACCUUGACGAUCAAUGGAAGAAUGGACGAAAUGGAGUUUAUUUGUUGCGCUGAGGAUGACGUAUGCAUCGCUUUGCGUGAUGCGGAACGAAGACCCCAUUGCAUGCUGUUGCGCAGGCGUGAGAAACAUCUAUCGUUAGCCAAUGAUACACCCGGUUACUCACCCGUGUCAGGGGGGAAAGAAGGGGAAGGCGAUGAGGAGUUGUCAUCUACCGAGUCGUGUUGGGUGUAUGGCCUACACUCCGAGAGGCUUUUAGCUGCAGUCAUGGAGUGCGUUAACCUUCUUCUGCUUGAUAGGGCACCGCAAAUGUUCGAGACACUGAAAGUGGCGUGUGACCGACGGGGUUCCAAACGACUGGAAGGCACCGCCGCUACGAGGCACUGGGGCGGAGUUACGCUCACUUGCUGA